AAAAGUUGAACGUGCAUUAUUCAUUUAGAAAACAGGAAGAAUGAAGAUUUCUAUUGGUUUAGUCCUCUGUGUGUUGAUGGUGUACAUUGAAGUCAACCUGGCGAAUACAGAAAUACAGAAAGACAGUGGACAUAUUCAGAAGCUUAUAAAAAGAGCCCCCGCAUGUGCGUAUAAGAUUUGCAAAUAUCGUCGAUGCUGCUAUGGUUAUACCUGCGUUUACGGAUUCUGCAAGAUGUGUGCAGGAAGAGAUUGCAGAUCUAAUAAAGACUGUUGUAAUGGAUAUACCUGCUCUUACAAGAAAUGUAUUAAACGAAGUGGAGGUGGUGGAAGACCACCUCAUACUGGUAAACCAAUAUUCGCAGCUGUCUGA